UAACCGUUAAUUCUAAUUCAGGCAGACACUGUGUCAAUAUUUCUACCGUUUUUUUGUACAAUUUAUUAGUGGAUUGCAAACUUUGCAGAAUGAAGGAAUACAGAUGCCGUGAACGAAUUUUUAUAUCUUUAUCUACAGUCUACACCUUCCAACAGAGCAAUAAAAUAUUCAUGCAGGCCAUACAUUUAAAAAGAUUGCCGCAUGUAGAAGAAUUUUCGUUGCAUCUUCCUAAUAUGAAUUUAAAUUUAUGAUUGGAAUACGGUUGGGAUUAGCGGAUUUGAAAAAAAGCAUUCUUCAAAACAUUUUGGAAUAUUUCGAGGAUUUGAAACAUUUUCUGGCAAACUUUAUCAUGACGGAUGGUUUGAAGUGGCGCACAUCAUGGAUUUACGUCAUAUUCUAUUUGAUCAGCCUCCGCCGAUUUGGAUUGCCAGCGUACAACAGAGAUCGAACGAAUGAAAUAAUGCGAUUAAAUAUUCCUAAAACUCAGUUUCGUAUCAACACUAAUACUAUAUGUGGCAACACCGAAGGAUUAACAAGGAGCCAAUAUCAAUUAUGCAGAGAAGAUCCAAAUGCGAUUGCAUCGGCUAUCCAGGGGAUGCAGAUUGCAAUUCACGAAUGUAAGCGCCAAUUUAAAAAUGAAAGAUGGAAUUGUACAGCUCUAGAAACAAAAAACAAAAUCCCGCACACCAGUGCAUUUUUUAAAACAGGAUUUCGAGAAGCAGCAUUUUCCCAUGCAAUUUCGUCAGCAGGUAUAACAUAUGCUGUGGCUCAUGCCUGUAGCCUCGGAAAGAUAGAGGCGUGUGAGUGUGAUUUAAGUCCAAAUAUGUAUAGUAAAGGACUUUCAGCAAGCUUUCAUAAGAACGUGUUAAAAAACGGUGGAAAUAUUUCGGGAAUUGAUCCCCGCAUGAAAAAAUACAUAUGGGGUGGAUGUGAUCAUAAUAUCAACUUCGGAAUCAUGUUUUCAAGAAAGUUUUUGGACGAAGGAGAAGUGGCAAACGAUUUUCACACAAAACUAAUGCUUCAUAACAACAGAGUCGGAAGAUUGGUAGUCGCCAACAAUAUGAAAAAUCGAUGUAAAUGUCAUGGAACAUCAGGAACUUGCAGCCUUCAAACGUGUUGGAAGCAGACGCCAAACAUAGAAUUUAUUGGGAAUGCAUUGAAAGAACUUUAUUUUAAAGCAUCCAGAAUUGAGUUUAGCAAUAAGGCAGACAGCAGCUAUUUCGAUUUCGAAAUAAGAAACCAAUUUCAACACAUGGAUAACAACAUACAUUACCAUGAUCCGGAUCAUAACUUCGGGGUCGGAAUAGACAAUCUAAUAUAUUUUAAGGACUCGCCUGACUAUUGCGAAGACGAUAAAAAUAUAGGUUAUCGAGGUACGAGAGGAAGGUACUGUAACAGAACGGCGGGUCCGGAUUCUCCCAGUUCUUGCUCAAAUUUAUGCUGCAACCGAGGUCAUCGGACAUAUAAACAUACACGAGUCGAGCGUUGUUCUUGUCGUUUUCACUGGUGUUGUUAUGUAAAUUGCGAAAAUUGCACAAUUACCGAGAGAGUGUCCGUUUGCAGAUGAACUUGAAGGAGUGCACCGAAAGUUGCGUAGAUUUUCAAAAUAGCCGAGGUUAAUGAUAACUAAGUGUUGCCGGCAUAAUAUAUGCAAAUGGAGGAAGGAGCAAAUAGGAGAACGAAGAAAAUAAGGGGAAAACAAGAAAAUUGGGAAACUGCUCUCGCUUGAUGUCAUAAUACCAUGAAAACAAAAACUGUUAAUAAUAGUGCAAUUUUGUUUUCACAUUUAUUAUAUAGAUUUCAUGUUUUGGAGAAUAACCAGGGUCAGCAGGUGAAUAGGACUUUGAAAAGCAAUCAAAUAAACCGACUUACGGAAGACAAAAAAUAUAUAUAUGUUCAGCUUAUAACAAAACUAAUAGCCCACAGUUAAAUAAAAUUAUAGGACACACUCCCAUCAGGUUUCACAUGGAUAUAUAGAAAGUUCUGUCUUGAUUCAAAAAAUAAAAAUGUGUUUUUGUACAAAGCUCAUGAAGAGAUUAUGAUGAGUGAUGCGACCAGAGCAUCCAAAUAAGUAACAGCAUUUUUUUUUUAUUCCGGGACAUCAAUUUAUCCGAAAGUAUUUUAUUCCAUAUUCCAACUUAAACAGUUAUUUGUCGUGCACGGGUCCUUGAAUGCCUAAUAAUUGAUAUACAACGUAAAUAUGGAGAUAGUAUUUCAUCGACACUUCAAGAUUGUAAUUUGUGGUCUAACCCAAUGAUAAAUCAUAUUUUUUACGUGAUAAUAUCAGUAAUUAUUAGUAAAAAUCACACAGUCUCUUCACUGCGUUUCUUUGUUAAAGAUCAAUGUAUAACAUAAUAUGAUAUAUAAGAUUCUCACUUAAAGAAAAGGUAUUCAAUUAAAAAAAUACAAAAAAAAAAAAUUUUGGGUUGAAUUACUGAUAAAAACUUUAUUUUAAAUAUAAAUUUUGCUUCAGUGCUUGAUCGACUUAAAAUGUCUAAAACUAAAAGUCAGCUUACUCAAAACUUGCAAUGGAGGCAGAGUCGACACCUGAAUUAAUUUUAUGUGAUCGAAAGUAAAGUAUUAUGUUCUAUCGUCCAUUUAUAUUUUGAUGUUUUUACUUUAUUUUGCUUUCAUAUUCUAUUAAAUUUCGAUUCAUGCUUCGAGUAAGUUCACAGAUACGUAAAAUUUUUUAACGUUUUUUUUUAAAAAUACAUAAUUUUUAUACAGAUCUAUGAAACAGCAAAGGGAGAUUUGUAAUAUUUGCGUUAAUGUAAGACGGUUCCGAAUGCCCUGAACUAUAUAUUUAACAAUGAUCCAAUAUAACUUUAUGUUCUACAACAGUUACAUGGGACGGCAAGAUUUUACAUCUUCGGCAAUGCUCGCAGAACUUCGAGCACCGUGUGUGCUGAAAAGAUCUGCGAUUAUGCGUAACAAAGUUUGUCGAGCGUAAUAAAAUAAAAAAGUGUUAGUUUUUAAUAUGAUAAAACAGCUAAAGUUUGGGUAAAAUAUCGAGUCCCAUACGACUAUAGGAAAAUAAAAGUAAGCCUUCUUGCGCCCUCUAUCAUCUUCACGAAAUCGAUUGAUGCACCAGUUAGAAAAAAGAUUGUUUUCCAAGUGCAAAAAUAAUCGCUUCGAUAGCAACAACAAUAUCAAACAACAUUUUAGCAAAACAAUUAAUAGGUCCAAUAACUUGGAUAAUUGCAGUCUCUUAUAGGCUAGAUUGUAAUAUCUUUCUCAAUCGUGUUCUUUGCUAUGUAAAUUCAAAAUUGCCGUAAAUGAAUGGUUUAAAAGAUCCUAAAAACACCUUUGGGAUAAUUCUUAAAAUUUGACAUUUGAGAUAUAUUAUUGGAGCUUCCGCAUAGGUGAACAAUGAUAAAAAAUCCGUUGUGAAGACGCUAUGACUACCAAUUUUAGCACAGAAGAUAAUAUGCAUAUAUACCAAAUCUAUGCUGUCACAAGCGCUGUAUAAUUUUGAUGUGUCAGGCGGAUCUGCGAAAGUAUGGUUAUAAAAUACUUUACUACUCCAAUGGAUGUGUCGUGCAAUAUACUUGCAAUAUAUAAAUUAAACGCAGGUGUUUCAUCACACAAUAUCUCCUAAUUUUCAACUUUUGCCAACAUAAACGAUAUGAUUUAGAAACAUGUGGUUCAGUUUCUUCUAACAUAUCUUGGAAAAGUUAAUCGUUCUCUCUGUUCGUUUGGUUAUAGGUUCUCAUAUGAGAAAGCCACUUUUACGUAACCAUCAUAUCAGGUAAACACGAAACUGUUGCGUUAUAGUUAGGAUUAACACAACUGCACAAUUGUAUAUUAAGAUUUGCAACUUCCCUGAAUGAAAGAUUUUCAUCUCUGCGCAGCUAUGUGUUUGGAUACGUUAUUGCUAAUGUGUUAUCGAUUUGAAAGUGAAAAAUUGUGUAUCUAUAAACAAUCCCCAUAAUGCAAAAUUUUGAACCUUCAUCCAUGAAAUAUAUAUAUAUGUCAUAAUGUAAUAUCUUACAAUUUUCAAUUUUCUUUAUAGUUGAAAGAUAAUCAAUAUAUGUUCUAUAAGUAGUUUUAUUUCCGUAUAGUAGAGCAAUAUGAAACGCAACUAACGCAAAAAAAAAAAAGAUUUAAUGUUAUUUUAAUUAGAUAUUUAAAUUCGGAAAAUCAAAUCAAAAUGUGACAUCGGCGGUUUGCAAAUAACAUUUAUAUUUUGUCGCGGAUGUUCAGUUAUGCCGAUCGGGAUAAGAAAAAUGGUCGACAAAGAAAAACGUUUCAACUAAGAAAAAUAUAAAUUAAAAAUAAAUGCCAGUACAUUUUGGAAUAUGUCGUUUACAGUGUUAUAAAAUAUCUGGGGAACAUCAAUUUUUUUUGCACUGAAUUUCCGAAAACAGCAAUAGCUGAUUGGUUAUGAGUAAAAUACCUUUCUGUUAUAGAUUUAUGUCAUAAACAGCACGUUGGCCAUCGUUUUUGCAUUCUCAUUGCUGCCGUAAGUAUAUAAAAUAAGUGACAUAGAAUUCCAAUUAAAUAACAAUUUUAAAUUCAAAAUGUAAACAAAUAUAUAAUUUUAGAGUAAAUAAAUGCAAA